UUAUAGUUAAGAUUAACUCUAUUAAAUGCCACGUUGUUGCGUAGUGGCUGUCGGCACGAAUAUCAUUCCAUCUGAUAACAGAGCACUAAAUUCAUUAUAUCUCUAACCGUAGGGAUCUUUGACUGAGUAGCGAACUUCAGAUUCAUCUGAUUGUGUACUGAGUGCUAAUUCAAACUGGUUUAUAUAGUUUCUGUGGUCUCAGCUCGUCGCUCAAGUCCUCAGAUCAAGACAGGAUAUUUUACGUAUCCCACUGUUAAUCACUUGGUUUGGCUUCUAUGCACUAGAACUCAACAUGGGUAGGCAGGCAGCUAACAUACGUCGUCACUCAGCUCGUGUACUUGGUAUUAUUUUUCUGUUGUUUCAAGGCGUUAUUCUCGAUUAUUAUUUGAUACAAGGAGAGCACCAAGAAUGGUUUGCUUGGAUAGCUACUGACGUGGUAGUUUUGGCUGCAUGGAUAACCGCCAUGGUUAUGUCUUACCGUCGUCUGAAUCCAGCUAAUCAGUCAAAUCAUCAGGGACUUGUGAAGGAUGAGUUGGCCUUUGCUUACCUCGCUUGGUUGGUGUAUGCGCUUCAUCUCGUCCCACAAGUCGCCACACUUUUUAGGCGAAAGGCAGGAAAUCUAGAGGAAGAGACGAUGGUAUUCGGACCAAACAUGUUAAAGAUGUGCUUAUGUAUCACCCCUGCGCUGUUCCUCUUCUUGAUAUUUGCUCACCACAAUUCUAGACCUCACACUGUCAGAAAGUUCUACUUGGAUAAAAUGACAAGUGCUGUGGCCAUUGAUUUGUUUGACAGCGUCGAAAUGCUCGAGUAUUUAUUUGAUGAAAGCAAAAUUUCAAAGUCUGUUUCCCUGGCUAUUUUAAGUUUCUCGUGCAUCAACUUCUUUCUGCCUGUGUUAGCGCUUUAUGAGCUCAAACACAACAAAUUUCGUGAAAAUGGUCAGGUAGCAUCAGUAUCAUACAAGAUCGUGUAUAUUUUAAUGUUCAUGUUCUUUGUGAAUGUGCCAUUCCUUGUGAUUCGUCUGUACCUUUGGCAUCAAUAUCACCUUGAGAUAUCGGUCCUACUGGCCAAGAAUGGAUUAGCCAUCAUCUUGGGUCUGGUCGAAAUAAUGGAAUUCUGUGGAGAUGAAAGACCAAGAAAGUGUGAACACUGUUCUUCUACGUUUGCUAAAUCUUUCUACAAGGAUCAUCUGAAGGAAUGUGCAUCACAGAUUAACAAACAAGAGGAACCACCUCCUCUAACCUCAAAGCCGCACCACCAAACGGUAUAUCUUUAAAGAAAUACCAUUUGACUGGACUUCAAUUCUUUGCUUAAAAGGACUUCUGUCACGAUUAUUAAGGCAACAGUAGACUAAAUAUUUUGAAAACUUUUGAAAUUUUUGCGAGUUGUAAUUAUUGUGAUAUUACUGUCUUUUAUAAAAGUGUACAUAAUCUAAUUCUGUAGCAGUCAUCAUGGUAGAGUUCAUUAACCCGUGAAACAAAGUGAAGUAUUACCCAAAGAGUAAUGUCUCAUUUCACCGAAAGCGAGGAAAACUUGCACAAUAAGGUGAGGGUAGUGAAGUGUAGGAAGCUAAAAUGUUUUUUUCACGGUUUAUGGAUUGGUACACAUGCAUAUGCUAUGUUCCACGACUUUGGAAAUCGUUGUUUUAAGGAUAAUGUAAAAUUCAUUUUCACACAAAGAGUCUGAAUUAUUGCCAAUUAUGCUCUGACAAUUAUAUUAAGCGAUGCGUAGAUGUUGACUAUCCCUAACGCUAAAUCUCAUGAUUAUUGCUGCAUGAAAAAGCUACAUAUUGAAGACUUAUUUAUAUAUGAUAUUUAUUCUUGUAGUUAGCCGGGUUUUUUUUCUCGCACUUCUUUUAAUGAAAUUAAGAACGAUAUAAAAUGAAUACAUGCAUGCGUUAAUGUGCUAUUAGACUGUACCAUUUGUAUACAUAAAACAAGCGCCAUGUGACAAAAAAUAAGCAAUAUGAGAUGUCUGUAUAUACUGUUUCUUGUUAUGAGUGUAAUAUGAUUUGAGAUAAAUUAUAUUUAGUCAAUAAUA